UGGACUCUUCAGAUACGUAAUUACCAUCAUUACGAUCGAUUACGAUACUGUGCGGGUCCAGUGUUUAUGGAGAUUUGCACUCUUGUAAACAAGGGCAGAAAUUACACCUAGCUUGUUUCCAUGGAUUAUUUUUAGCACCGAGGUGCAAAGAAUUCUUUUCUGCUGAACUGACUGCACUCACUGCUUAAGAUUAUCUCAUUGAAAAGUGCCGUAUUUAUCUAGAAUUUAUAUGAAACAUAACACCUGAUGCGUUGAUUGUGCUAUGAACCUUUCACAGAAAAGUAAUUUUCUUGACAUUUACCAUCCUUCCGUGAAAUUACGACAGCCAUGCUAUUACGUUGGCGACCUGUGCCCACAAUUCAGAGGAACAAUGCCUUAUAUGCAAUUAUCAGCGCAAUGGGGAGGUGGUGGUGCUGGCUGGUUUAAGGUUAAUGUAGUGGUGUGAAUUCCUGAGUGGCAAAGGAAACAGUUGAUACCAAAGUGUAUGAAGACUAGUGCGUGUUCAGGACAAAUUGUUGUAACCUCCGUGAUGUUGAACUGAACUCUUAUAAUUCUUUUGGAGAUAUUUCAUUUUGAUUUUAUCAUUAUAACCUUGUUGCCUAAUCUUCUGUAACAAUGCGAUAUGCACAACUGGUUAUGGGACCCGCUGGAUGUGGAAAGUCCACAUACUGUUCCACAAUAGUCAGACAUGCAGCAGAUGAAAGGAAGACUAUCGACGUUGUGAACCUGGAUCCUGCGGCUGAAUAUUUUGAUUAUCAACCCCUAGUCGAUAUCAGGGAACUUAUUCACUUGGAUGAUGUAAUGGCUGAUGGUGAACUCAAAUUUGGACCCAAUGGUGGCCUUGUGUUUUGUAUGGAGUAUUUAAUGGAGAACCCUGACUGGCUGGAGGAGCAGCUCGGUGAUGUGGAUGACGACUAUGUUUUGUUCGACUGCCCUGGCCAGAUAGAACUGUACACACACAUGACCAUCAUGCGACAACUCGUGGACCUGCUCCAGCAGCGCUGGAACUUUCGUGUGUGUGGUGUGUUUCUGGUGGACUCGCAGUUCAUGGUGGAUGGAUCCAAGUUUCUGUCAGGAACAAUGGCAGCUCUCAGUGCGAUGGUGAACUUGGAGCUUCCCCACAUCAACAUUCUCACCAAGAUGGACCUGCUCAGUAAGAGUGCAAGGAACCAGAUUGACAGGUACUUGCAGCCUGACCCCCACAGCCUGCUGGGAGAUGUGCAGACGGGAUCAAAGUGGAGUGAAAAGUAUCGUCAUCUAACAGAUGCUAUUGGUCGCCUUGUGGAGGACUACAGUCUAGUGAGGUUCUAUCCUCUUAACAUCAAGGACGAGGAGAAUAUUGCUGAUCUUCUGCUCAUGAUAGACAACAUGAUCCAGUAUGGAGAGGAAGCCGAUGUGAAGACGCGUGACUUUGAAUAUGAGGAUGGGGAUGGUGAUGAUGGAGGAGAUGAGUCUUAGAUCAUUCAGUGAUAAACAUCUGGUCUUUCACCUGAAGAUGGAGACAGAAUCCAGUCUCCAAAACGUUCUGUGUUUUAAAUAAAAACAGGACACUGGAUAAUGUCCAGAAACACAGUAACUAUAUUAAUAUACAAUCAUCACAAACUUUUAUCUCAUUUGCUUUAUCAGCUAUUUACCUCCAUAAUGUAAAGUGAUUGCAAUGGAAAAGGACUCCCAGGUAGAUCUUUCAAGUGAUUAACUUAUUCACUGCCAUUCCUCUGUACUGGGAUUUAACCUGCUGGUCCACCAUUUUUCCACAAAAUCUGAAUUUUGAAGUUACUACAUUCAAAAUGGAAAUCAAAGCGAACAAGUGAAAACAACUGACAAUCCCCAAAUAUUUUAUUUAUUUUUUUUUUUUUUUGCUUUGGCAACUAUGCUUAAAGUUUCUCUGCAUUUAAGUAUCAAGCAUCUGUAGGAGAAAAUUAUAUUUAUGUUCACAGAGGCAGCAGCCCAUCACUUGACAAAACAAAGUAGACUUUACCUGUGGGGUAGUGAGAUUUGCCAUGAAUAAGGGAGCAUACCCAGAAAUCAAAU